UAUGACCCCCAAAAAUACAUAUAUUGUCACUAUUUUCCCUACUAAUUCUCACUCCGACAAAUUCUUCAUUCUCUGCUGUCAUCACACCACUUUACACAAAACUAUUUUCAUCGCUUCCCCGCGAUUUGAAUGUGUACAAAAGAAUUUAUUGGUUUACAAAUUUUGGCAUCAAACAAAGUUUUUUAGCGAUGGGGGGGGGGGGGGGGGGAAUUAAGCGCGUUUUUAUGUUGAGUUUUUCUGUUUGCUUAUAAAAACAAAUCGUGUGUCUAAAAUUAUCAUUUGUAUUUAUGCAAAACCAAAAUGCAUUUUUUGUAAAAAUUUUACUAAAAAUUGUACCUUUUUUUAUACUUUUUAUUCUCCCUAAUUU